CCGAGCGGGGCCGGCGGCUUUUCUUUCUUUCUUUCUUUCUUUCUUUCUUUCUUUCUUUCGUCGCACUCAAGGGACCCCGCCAUGGGAGGCAGCGCCAGUCGCAAAGUGUCUUUCGGCUUCGGCGAAGGGGAGAAGAUCCAUGUGCUGCAGGGCAUCAGGCUCUCUGAUGAUUUAAUUAACCGCAUGAAGGACUCUUCAUAUGCUUCGUACCCUGCAGCUAACCCUCCUCUCUACCCUCCAGAAGGGAAGGCACAACUUCCUGGGACAGAGCCCAGGCCCUCUGUGGCUGAGGGUGACCAGUUGCCCUCUAAAGUAGAAGAGCACCUGUAUAAGAGGUAUGAGGAAGAACAAGGGAUGAUCCAAGAGGAGCUGUUUCGGCUGGCAAAGAGGGAAAGGGAGGUGGCCAGAGAGCAACGGAACAUGUCCCUGCAGCAGAAGGAAAGUUGUGUCAACCAGGAGAAGCCAUUGCCUGCGGAUUUGGAUGCAUGGGCCAAGAAACUGCAAUGCAUCGAGGCAGAGUUAGAGCAUCGAGAUGCCUUCUAUAAGGAACAGUUGGCUCGCAUUGAAAAUAAGAAUGCCGAGAUCUACAAGUUAUCGUCACAACAAUUCCACGAAGCAGCAACUCAGGCGGAGAGCUCAAUUAAGCCCCGUAGGAUUGAGCCGGUGUGUGGGGGUCUGCAGUCGGAGAUCCUGCGCUGCUACCGCAAGAAUAAGCAGGAGGUGCUCAAGUGCUCCGGCCUGGCCAAGGCAUACCAGCAAUGCGUGAUUGCAGCUCAAGAGAGGACCAUCAAUCAUCAGGACACGGGCAUUGCUGCACAGGGCUGAAGAGUGACCGUCCCUCCUGGCCCGGGGAGUAUCACAGAGCGGGGGCCCUUUGGGCAAGCCCCCAGCAGUGCCAUCGCCGACCACGGGGCCGUGGCUGACAUUUCUGGUCAUUUCCCUCUGUAGCCAAGAAAUACCACCAUGCAUGGGCUUUAUUGUAAAAAUUCAAGUGAUGUUAAAAAAAAAAAGCUGUAUAUGCUUCUACCCUAGAAGAAAUAAAAGAAAAGUCUUCGUUUUCGGUC